ACUACGGCAGACCAAGAGUACACUCUAUUCCCUAUACCCAAAUCUCUUGGCGGUGCCACCCAAUUUCAUUACUUCCAUCAGUUACCGUGUUCGGUCUGGCCACCCCAACUUUUGUCCUCUCCUUCUCGCCCGCCACCCCCCCAUAGUAAUCUGUUGGAAUUACUACACCAAUAACCACCAAUAACCACCAAAACCUUCAUUAUCCCAGCCCUUUCAUCUUGUCGUCGUUUUCCCCCCUUAGUUUUAUUUCCCAACAACGAUACACGCCAGAUCGUAUCGCCUCAACACGCCCGCCAUCCGCUCACCAACCGCUCGCUCGCUCUCCCUAAAAAAACAACGCAUCUUCGAUCCCACUCCUCCCCAACAAAAAGCGCGAUAUGGCGGACCGGACGAGCUCGUCAGAGGCCGAGCGCUUCGGUGACGAGAAGAACGGCGGACGCAGCCCGGCCGGCAGCGUCGUCAGGGUCAAGCCCAUGGAGGAGGACCUGGAGGGGGCCACCGACAUCGAGAGAGCCGAGCUGCUGCCCACCGCGAGCCAGCAGCAGCAGGCGCCUGAGAAGAGCAGCACGAGAGCGGCUGUGAUAUGGAUGGUUGUCAACACCUUGGCUACGAUUGGAAUUGUCUUCACCAACAAAGCCAUCUUCUCCGACCCCUCCCUCAAGCUCGCCCAGCUCACCUUCGCCUCCUUCCACUUCUUUGUCACCUGGCUCACGCUGUUCACCCUCUCGCGCCCGCGCUUCGCCAUGUUCGUCCCGCGCCGCGUGGCCAUCAAGGAGAUUAUCCCCCUCGCCGUCGCCAUGUCCUUGAACGUCAUCCUGCCCAACCUCUCCCUGGCCUUCUCCACCGUCACAUUCUACCAAAUCGCCCGCAUCCUGCUCACCCCCACCGUGGCGCUCAUGAACUUCGUCCUCUACCGCGCGACGCUCCCUCGCAACGCAAUCUACGCCCUGAUCCCCGCCUGCCUGGGUGUCGGCAUGACGUCGUACUACGACUCCCUCCCCACCGCCGAUGAGAAGGUCAAGACCACCUCCAGCAUCGGCGUCUUCUUCGCCUUCAGCGGCAUCUUCGCGUCGUCCCUGUACACCGUGUGGAUCGCUUCCUACUGCAAGAAGCUGCAGAUGAACCCCAUGCAGCUCCUCUUCAACCAGGCCCCAGUCUCCUCAUUCAUGCUCCUCUACGCAAUCCCCUUCAUCGACACCUUCCCCGUCUGGACCGAGGUGCCGCUGAACCGCUGGAUGAUGAUCCUGCUAAGCGGUGGAUUCGCGUCGUUGAUCAAUAUGAGCCAGUUCUUCAUUAUCGCCCAGACGGGGCCGGUUUCGUCGACGGUUGUUGGGCAUCUUAAGACUUGCUCGAUUGUGGCGCUGGGGUGGAUGACUUCGGGGCGCGCGGUGGGGGAUAGGAGUGUGUUGGGUGUUUUGGUUGCCAUUGGUGGGAUUGUUUCAUACUCCGUCGUAAUGAUCAAGCACAAAGCUGCCGCCGCCAUGGGCUCCAGCAACAAGGCCUAAACGCCCUUCUUUCGCCAAGAACCAUGCAAAAACACCACCACAACCACCACUGAUCUAACGAGUUCGAGCAGCGGUGUCGUGUUCUUUUAUCACACCCAGCUAUCCAUAAUUCUACCACGUUUAUAAUUCUUUUUUUAUCAUCAUCUUUCUAUAUGUUUGUCGUUCAUAAACAGGCGUUAGGUGACAAACCGUGCGGGGAAACGGUCCUAGAAUGGGGGUUGAUCGAUGGGGAGAUUAUUGAUUCUCUUCGUUUUUAUAUAUCGAUUUUUACUUUUGUUUCGGCUGUUUUUUUUUUGUGUAAAACGUCUUUUUCCUCUUUUUGCUUGGUGGGGGAGAUGGG